CCAGCGCUGCCGGCGGCGUGGAGGGCUAUGGCGGAGGGCCUGGGCGCUGGGUCGCAGUUCGGCCGCCCGGCGCCGCCGCCGCAGACGGGCUGGGAGCGGCUCAGCGAGCUCUGGCACCGCGACGAGCGGCAGCGGUACCCGGAGGAAACGGUGAACAUCCUCAAGGCGGCCUUCACCGCGGGAAUCGUCGGCUGGCUGUACGGCGGGCUGCCGGCCUUCCACCAGGCCCGCAAGGCUUUCAUCGCGGGUAGUCACGGGGAGCUUUUCCAGAACCGCGCCGAUGCGGUGCAAUCUGCGCAUCGGGCUGGGCUCAGGAGUUUCCUCCGCUAUGGCUGGCGCUGGAGCUGGAGAGUGACUGCUUUUGUGACAGUGUUCAACGUGGUGAGCACCGGGCUGUCUGCGUACCGCAAUAAGACCACCAUCGGGAAUUUUGCUUCAGCAGGAGGCUUCACUGGAGCCCUUUUCAGAAUGCACUUGGGCCUGCAGGGGCUGGCAGGUGGCUUUGUGUUCGGAACAGCGUGUGGCAUCCCUGCAGGGGGGCUCUUAAUAAUGAUGCAGAAGCUUGCUGGUGAGACCUUGCAGGAGAAGAGAAAUCGUGAGCGCAGGGAGCUGUAUGAAGAAAAGUUGGCAGAGUGGCAAUCCAGGCUCAGUGUGACUGAAGUCAUAGGCCAAACAGAAAGCAAUGCCCAGGGAGGAUCAGACAUGAACAAGAGAAUCUAAGAACUACUGAGUCUUCCCCAGAUCUCUGUUGUAAGCAGCUACAAAGACUUGGAUUCU